AUGGAGGCGGAAGGAUCUCCUCUUUUUCCCCCUCAUACGGGGGCCCCCCCUAGCAUGCGUGCAGCAGGGGCCCCCCCAAACGUGCAGGCAGCAGGGGGGCCCCAUACCAUGCAUGCAGCAGGGAGACCACCCUCUGUGUCUGAGUCUCGAAGUUGGGAGUCUGCUGCUGCUGCAGCUUCUUCUUCAGCAGCAGCUGCUGCUGCUUCUUCUGGUUGUUCUCUUCUGUCCCCUUUUGUGUCUCCUGUGUAUCUAAGGGAAGAGGGCCCCCCACCAUCCCCUCAUCCCUUUAGUUGUUAUACCCUCCUUAGUCGUACAAGGGCCCUGGGGCCCCUUAACAAGGGUACGGAAGUUGUCCUUCUUGAGGGGGCCUCGCGGCUGCUGAGGGCCUACCGCAGGAGACAGCAGCACAGCAGCAGCUGCAGCAGCAGCAGCAACGUGGAGUGUAUUGUAGAAAGUGAUAUAAGAGGAGGGGGGCCCCGCUCUGCCUCCUCCAAUUGGGUACCGAGGGAGGCGGGGGCCCCCCGGGCAGAGACGACAGGGGAGUCUAAUAGUGAUGGGCAGUACCCCUGCCCUGCGGUGUAUACAAACCCACAGCAGCAGCAGCAGCAAGCUGCUGCUGCUGCUGCUCUUGGGUCUGGUUCCCUGUUGCCUCUAGUUGGAGUGCUAGAAGAGACGCACUUAUGCUUUUGUCUCUCGAGGCUCCUCGUCUCUGCUGCUGUUGCUGCUUCCCUCGGCGGUAGCAGCAGCAGCAGCCCUUGGACGCUGCCUAACCUGGAGCGACUAUCCCUCCGCGGCCCAGCAACGGGGCAGCAGCACCAGCACCAACACCAGCAGCUGCUCCAGCUACAGGCGCAGCAGCGCCAGCGGCAGCAGCAGCAGCAGCAAGGGGGAGUGCGGGAGGGUCUAUGGGAGACCUUUCCUUUGAAUCCGCUGACGUGGGCAUGGACCCCAUAUGAUAGCACUGCCCGCAGCUUAGCUCUCCAGCAGCAGCAGCAGCUACUGCUGCAGCAGCAGCAGCAGCAACGGCAGCACCACCAGCAACAAUUACAGCAACAACACCAACAACAGCAGCAUCCGCGGGACCCUUCCAACCUACCAGGGGGGGCCCCACGGGGCCCACUUCCCUUAGCAGUCGAUUCAGGUGAGCUGAGGCGUCUGCUGCGGUUGUUUGGGGGGAGAGAGCAGCAGCUGCGGCGCCUGUGGCAACGGGCUAGAGGGCAGCAACAGCAGCAGCAGCCGCAGCAGAGAGCAGCACAGGAGCCACCCAUAAGAGGAGGCCCUGUCCCCUCGGCGCAGACGUCCCCCACAAACGCUGCUGCUGCAGCAGCAGCUGCCGCUGCCGCUGCUGCUGCAGCAGCUGCAGCAGCGGCAGCAGCAGUUCCAGGGACUCCAGUAGCUGCUCCAGCGCCAACAACUCCAGCAGCAGCAACACCAACUGCAGCAGCAGGAGCUGCACCGCCGACACCUGCAGCAGCAGCCGCACCGGCAACCCCCGUAGCAGCAGCUGCAGCAGCAGGAGGAGGAGCAUCAGGAGCAACAGGAUCUGCAGCAGCAGGAGGAGGAGCAGCAGGAUCAUCAUCAUCUUCUUCUUCAUCUUCAUCAUCUUCUUCUUCUCCUUCUUCAUCAUCAUCAUCAUCAUCUUCUGCUGCUGCUGCUGCAGAGGAAGCAGCAGAGGAUCCAAUUGCCCUUUCCCUAGAGUGGCUGUCCCCACAGCCUUUGUUGAUUUCUGCUGCAGAAGAGGCGGGGUCUUCCCGUGUAGAGGACUCGGAGGGAGUUGCUGCUGCUGCUGCAACAACAGCAGCAACAGCAGCAACAGCAGCAACAGCAGCAGCAGGAGGUUCAGUAUUGGAGGAAUGUCUAACAGCAUCUGUGGGUAGUUGUGCUGCUGCUCCUGCUACGUCUUGUGGGCUGCCGCGGGCGCUGCAGCCGCUGCGGCUUGAGCUGCAGUCUCUUGUGUCUGCUGCAGCAGGAUUAGGAUGUGGCGUUGCUGCAGAGGGAAGCAGCAGCAUCAGCAGCAGGAGAGCAGCAGAACAAUCUUUAAGAGAACGAUGCAUGCAAGCAGCAGAUGCAUGGGCAGCAAACGAGGGACUAGGAGGGCUGUGGGGAGUGGAGAUGGAGAGACAGCAGCAGCAAAGACAGGGAGAGGGAGAGCUGCUGCUGGGCAGUUUAAGGCUGCUGCAACAGCAGCAGAAGCUGAUGCUGCAGCAAGACGAACCCAAUUCUGCUCCCCUAUGGGCCUUGAUGGCACUGCAGCAGCAGGGGGAAUUCACUCCGCAGCUGCUGCUGCAGCUGCUGCAUGCAGCAAAGGCGCGAUUGCUCGCCGAGCUGCCUGCAGCAUUUGGAGGCCCCAGCAAGAGGGCAUUUGCUGCUGCAGCAUCAGCAGCAGAGCAGCAGGACGGAGACAGCGAAGAGCUCUUCGAGACAUCCAGCUGCCGCUGCAGGGGCACACCAGCACAGAAAGAAAUGGGGACUUUGCUGCGUCUGCUGCUGCAGGAGGCGCAGCGGCAGGUUCGAAGUAGCAGCAGCAUGCAGCAACAGAAGGAAGGAGACACCCAAGGAGACAGUAAGGAGAAGAAGCAGCAAACAGCAACACACCAAGGAGACAGGAGACAGCAGGCAUGGGAGGCUGUUGCUGUUGCACUUGACUGCCUUCUUUUGCAUGCGCUGCAUGGCAACAGUCUCUGCUGUCUCCUUGACUUUAUUUAUCUCCUUAUCCAGACAGCUGAUGGUCUCCAGUGCAGCUGCAGCAGCAGCAGCGGAAGCUCGUAUACGCCGUCUCCUUCAGCAGCUUCCCUGUCCCCAACCUACCCUGUCGGCAGCAGCAACAGCAGCAACAACCCCAGCAUCAGCAGCAGCAGCAGCUCUCCAAGGUUUGAGUUCCCCUCUCUUGAUGCGUUGGAGUUGCUCGCGCUGCAGCGUCGCUGCUGGUUUGGUGUGCCGCAGGAUUCUUAUAGGAGACAGUAUAUUGUGGGGGGGCCCCUUGGGGGGCCUCUAGGUGCCCCAGUAGGAGGCCCCCAAGGGGGCCCACUGCGAGUUAUGUCGAGCGGCCUAGGAGGCGCAGGGGCCUCCAUAUCACAGCUGCAGCUGCUGCUGCCAGAGCCUGCUGCUGGAGAAGAGGCAGCAGCAGCAGAAGGAGAGAUGGAAGGCGGAGGAGAUGAAGGAGGUGCAUGCGUGCUGCUAGAGUUCCUAUAUGGGAAUGAGCGGCUUAUACGAUUAAGGAGAGAAGGAAGCUGCAGCAACAACAGCAGCAGCAACAACAACAGCAAUAGUAGUAGCAGUACCGUGGAGGAGAUCACUAGCAGGAACGGCAACAGCAGCAGCAACAGCAACAGUAGCAGCAGCAACGGCAGCAACAACAGCGUGGGUGAAGAUGCGGAUGCGUUAGUUUUAUACAUUGAAAUCACCUCUACUGCACUAGCUGUAUGGGUACGGGGAGGUGGGCGAUCUGGGGGGGCCCCUGGGGGCCCCGCAAGUGUCUCUAGUGAGGAGGAGACACCACCGAAGGCAAUGGUUGCUGUCUUUGAGUUACAAGGAGAACGCAUGAUAACCCUUGAGCUGCUGCUGGAUAAAGGUGUCUCUCAGGAGGGCAUAGGGGAUGCUGCUGCAGCAGCAGCUGCUGCUGCAACAGCACCAGCAGCAGCAGCAGCAGCAGCAAAAGACCAGCUCUUAGAUCGACUGCAGCAACCACAAGAAGCCCUUGUCCUCUUCAUUAAUGGACAAAGACUCUGCUGCCUACCCUUACCCACCCCUCCCCCGGGGCCGCCCUUGCUGCAGCUGCGGCCUAAGCAGCUGCUGCUUAUGGCACAUCUUAGGGGGAAUGCGGUGCUGCUGUCCCCUCCUUCCCCUUCUUUCUCUUCCCCCUUUAUGGAGGAAUUACGAGCACGUGCUGUUCUCUCUAAUGCCCCCAAGUCUCUCCCCAACAGCACUAGCAGCAGCAGCAGCAGCAGCAAGUUCUCGUUAGAGGAGCUGCUGCAGCUGACGUGUGAGGCUGUCCAUAGACUGUGUAUGAGAGCAGAGGAGGAUGGUAUGCUGCUGUGCUGCAGCACAAGGGAACCUUCUGCUGCCUUUGCUGCCCUUACGGAUCCUCUAUCUAGUGCUCAUAAGGUCGUUGCUGCUGGGGGCCUUGCUGCUGUUGAGGCGGCUCUGCAACUCCUUGAACACCAGCAGCAACUUUGGCAGCAGCAGCAACAGCAGCAGCAGCAGCAGCAGCUGGUGGAGGUAAGAUCGAGUCCUAGUCCCAAUGCGUUGGAGCCAUCAGCGUGUUCUUCUCCUCCUUCCACCAGCAGCGCGAGCAUGGGUUUCUCGGUGAACGGCAGCCGCAGCAGCAGCAGCAUUAGCAGCAACAGCAGCAGCGGCUGUAGUAGUACCCUGGGGGAGUCUCCAUUGCCUGUCUCUGAUGUGCGUUGGCCCAUAGAGCGGCAGGAGACACUUAGAGAGCAGCAGCAAUGGCAGCAGCGAGCGGAGUGUAUGUACAGCUUAUUGUGUGUCUUAAGACUUUUAUUAAGCAACAGCAAUCGUGUCCUUGGGGGAAGGGGACUGCAGCAGCUAGGGUGUCUGUCUCCUCGUCUUAUGGAUGUAUGGUUAUUUUAUUUUCAUGCUUCGCCUCCUGCUGCUCGUGUCUGCUGCUGCAGCACAUGCAUGCAGCAGCAAGGAGGUGGGGGUCUCGAGUUAGCUGCUGCACUAUUUGAUGCACAGGGAGCCUCAUGGCUACUUAAAAAGGCAUGCAGUACCCUUGUUGCUUCUGCAGCACCAGAGAACCUUCGCGUGCUGCUACAGCGGGCAGAACCUCGUGCACUGCAGCAGCUGCUGCUAGCCCUCAGCAGCAAGAGGCAGCAGCAGGAAUCUACCUUUAUUCAACAGCUGCUGCAGGUACUUGAAGGACCUAAGACAGGCCGUAUCAUCGUCAAUAGGCUCCUUCAUGAAACAAGGGGCCAACAUUGUACACAGGGGCCCCCUGGGGGCCCCCACCGUAAACAUGCUCAGCAGCAGGCUCUCCCAUUACCACAGCAGCUGCUACCAGGUUGUCAGCUGCAGCUGCGGGUAACUCCUGCGGAGGCACCAGAGCAGUUUGGUGCUGCUGCAGCAGAGCAAAUACGCCUCUUGGCAAGGGGCCCACAGAGCAAAGAAUAUAUCUGGGGGCGCCCGCGGGGACUCCGCCUUGUGGGCGCUGCUGAGGUUGCAGCAACUGGCGGAGACAACAUCUCGUGGGUAGCAGGAGCUCGCAAAGCCGUCUCUCCCACAUCCUACAGACAGCAGCAGCAGCAGCAACAGCAGCAGCAGCAACAGCAGCAGCAGCAGCGACAGGUUGAAGAUUCAUCUGUUCUCCAUGACGCAUGCGCUAAACUAGCAUCUCAUCACUACAGCGGGUUUUGGCCUCUUCUCUCUUCUCUCCUUGAGGAGACAGAGACGCAGCUAAGGGAUGCCCUUAAUGGUUCCCAGCAGCAGGCUGCUGCCUCACCAUCAUCUUGCUGCAGCAGCGAGCGUCGCAGCAGCUGCGGCAGCACCAUUGGAGGGAUUGUAUCAGCUUCUUCAUUAGGAUCGGAAGACUCCUCUCGCAGUCAAGGAUGGAGUGCAUGCAGCUCCUCUAAGCAGCUGCAUGCAUCACCAGGAUUUACCUUGGGGGCUCUGUGUAGCCCGAGACUAAUGGGGCUACCAACGGGUGCGGGGACAUGCACCGAGGCCUCUGCUUGCGAAGAGCUGCUGAUGCGGCCCUCUCUAUGGAUACCGCUGCAGCACCGCCUGCACCAACUACAUGCAGCGCUGCAGCGGGGCACAGGGGAGCUUUGGACAUCCACAGGGACACAGGGAGCUUCGCGUGGGGAGAGUGGCUCAGCAACUGGCUUCGGUGGUGACAGCAGCAGCAGCAGAUGUAGUAGCAGCAACAGCAGCAGCAGCAGUGAUGCAGCUGGGCGUGUUGCUGCACAGCUAACACGGCACGCAGCAGAGCUGUGGUUAACGCAGCUAUUCCGGUCUCUGCGGCGUCGGGGAUCGACAGGCCGCAGCAGCACCGAGCGACAGCGGGUGGGCAGCAGCAACAGCCAGCGCUGCACUGACGCACCAGCCGACACAGCUGAGGGGCAGCCGUCUUCUGGAUGGGUUGGCGGUCCUCUGCCUUAUCUUUCUAUAGGUGCUGCUUCUCCUAAUGCUGGCGGCAGCAGCGCCUUUGCUGCAGCACCGAGGGAGGGGCCAACACACGCGGAUGGCGGUAGGGGCCCCGGUCUCUCUUUUGGGGGGCCUCUGCUGCUGUGGGGGCAGACAGGGAAGUCGUCUGCUGCUGCAACGUCACAAUACUUGGAGAAACUAUUUGCUGCCUCCUUAAGGACAGCUAACAAUCUCCUCGGUCUUAUGCUAGAGGCAGUAGCGAAGGGGGGUGCUCCUGCAGUUGCUGCCUUAGUUGGUGAGGUUAGCAGCGGUAAGGGUGCUAGAGCAGCAGCAGCAGCAGCGGGUGCGGACACGGCUGGUAGUGCUGCUGCUGCUGCAGAGGAGAAGGAGGGAUUAGAAGCAGCAGAUGAGGGAAAGUGUGCUGCAUGUACACAGCAGGCGCAGCAGCUAAUGGGCCCCAUAGGGGCCCCCGACCCUGCGCUGUUGCAUGGGUCCGCCUUCUUAGGGGGAGGCGUGCUGCCCCUCAUGAGUUUCUUAACCCCUUUGCUGCAACUGCUGGUGGCAACUGUACAAGGCAACGAGAACAAUCGCAGCAACAAUAGCAGCAGCAGCAGCAGAGGUAACACCAGCAAUAGCAGCAGUAAAUCCGUUCGAGGUGUGGUUGCUUUGGAGCAAGACGCUGCUGAUGCUGUUGCCGGCGUGAUCGGGUUUGUGCUGCGGCUGUGGCCAAGCAUGCUGCAGAUGUCUCUCCGUUGUUUGCUGCUGCUGCGGCAGCUAGGUUCUUGUGUGUCUGAAGAUAUGCAGCAGGGGAAUCUGCAUCCUUUGGUGCAGCAGCUGCUGGGUCUGGUGUCUGCAACAGCUAGCGUGCUGCAGCAGCUUAGCAGCAGCACCUUCCCUGCUCUUCUUGCUGCUGUAGACGUGUCUCAUGCAGUUUCGUUGGAGACAGCAGAGGGACAAGCAGCUAAUGCAGUAUCCCGUGCAGUUGCGGGGCUGCCGCCCCUCCUGCUGGGUGGGGCGCAGUAUAUGGCUGCUGCUGCAGGGCAUCCCUUGAAGCCCUUAGAGCAGGCAUUAAGAUCGAGUGUCUUGCUGCUGCUUGAUUAUACACCCCGCGCGGUGUUGCUGCAGCGGACAGUGUCCAUUGGUCUCCCUGCAGCAGUAGAGGACUUCCUCGCAGCAAGCCAGCAGAAAGAAACUCCUGUAGUGCCCAGCCAGCCCCAAAGUGAUCAGCAGCAGCUGCUGCCGCAACCAACAGCAACAGCAGCGGCAGCAGCAGAGCAGCAGACAGGCGGACUUCAUCUUCAUUACCGUGGCAUCUCUUCUGCUGCUCAGGGGGAGGAAGGAGGUCCCCAAACCCCAGCGGCAGAUCGUGCUGCUGCUGCUGCUUUUGAACCCGUAGCAGCAAACGGGCAGGCACGGAAAGUACCAGGCUCCUUCCCGCUGGGUAUUGCCGACCGCCUGGCGAUUUACCCGCUACCCACAGACACAGCUACUGCCGCUGCUUCAGAAGCUACAGCAUCAGCUGCAUGCGCCGGGGUAGAUGGUGCAGCAGCAGGAAGAGCAGCAGGGCAGCAAAGCAACUGCUGCCCUUCGUUGCUGCGGCUGCUGCAGGGACAGCCGUGCGGAGAUCCGAAGUUAGCGGCGCAUUUUGCAGGCUUCCAUCCUCGUGUUGCUGCAGUGCAGCGGGCGAUAUUUGCUGCAGUGUUGCAUGUGCUUGGAUAUGAAGGAGGCACCAGCAUUGAGGGGGCAGGGGAGGCAACAAAAGAGACAGAAGAGCAGCAGCAGCAGCAGCGGGAAGCACUUGUUAGUCUAGCAGCAGCUGUUGCUAAAAGAGCAGUUAUACAGCUGCUCGCCACAUGGCAGAGGAGAAGAGCGGAAAAAGGAGCAGCACAAGAUGCAGCUGCUGCAGACACAGAAGGUGGUAGCCCCACACCCUUAGCCUUAUCGGAUUCUGAUGACUCCUGCAGCAGCAGCUGGCCAGCUAGUCCUACUAAUCCUGACGAGCAGCAACACCAGCCGCCGCUGCAGCAGCAACAGCAGGAGCACCAGCAGCAGGAGCUUCCGUGGAGUCGAGCAGAUGAAGCUCGCGGAAUUGUGGAACGCUGCUUGUGGCUGUUAACCUGCUGCCCUCGAGGGCUGGCGAGCUCGGAGGGUCGUUUGCUGCUGUCAAGACGGGGAGGGAGACGUCUCCUCAGCAGUCACCUUGUGGGGUCCCACAAAAGAGACAUUGUAGGGGCAUCGAUGCUCCGCAGUGUCUCCUCUCCUUCCCUCUUUGGCCUAAGGAGGGGGGGAUGGGGAACAAGUGUUGGUAUCAUUGGUGGUGGCGGAGGACGCCAGCAACAGCAGCAGCAACAGCGGCAGCAACAGCAGGAACAGCAGCAACGAGUACAGCAGCAGCGGGUGUGGGUCCCUGGUUCCUCCCGUGUGGGGUCUAGCUCAUGCGGUGGGGCGCAACAGUCGGUGCGCCUCCGCCGUCCGUCUCGCGACAGGAGUGUGGAGACACUUACUGCUGCUGCUCUCCGCUGCAGCUGGGGCCCCAUAGACCCAAAAGGAGACGCCGAAGCAGGGGACCCUGCAGCAGGCCUUGGCUUUGCCCGCAAUGUACAGAUGCUUAAGCGUUUCCUCCGCAACGGGAGGCGCCGCAGCAAACGCAGCGCCUCGCAGCCGUGGGGCGCUUUAACUCGCACUGCAGCAGCAGCAGCUGCUGCUGCAGCUGGUGCUGCAGCAGCCGCUUCAGUAGAAGGCUCCGGAGCCUUGACUGCUGCUGCUGCUGCAUCUGCUGCUGCGCGGCGGCGACGAAGAGCAGCACGUGCUUGGGGGCCUUUAACACUGCGAUCAUCAGGAGGACGGAUGCGGUGGAUGUCCUUGCGAAGGGUUCCUUUGGAGGGUUAUUUUGCUGCUGCUGCUGCUGCAGAUAAUGAGUUAUCUGGUGGUGCUACAGAGAGUAGUCUACAAUCAUUGGUUGAUUUCAUGUUAAAUGGUGCAGAUGUCUCCACAACAAGACGUGUGCUGCUGGUUGAGCAGCUUGCUGCUGUGGUACGUUUUGUUGCUGUUAAUAGUCUACGGGCCCUUGUACUUGCAGGGCUGUGCUGCUGUACGGAUACACCUGCGGGGCCGUGUCUCAUAGAUGGAGACGCAUCAGGUGCGCCCCACAGCAGCUCGCAUGAGGGCCUCCUUGGCUUCGCCGCUGCUCCUCAACGACUGCUGCCAGAAGGAGCAGCAACAGAAGACGCUCUUGUCUGGAGUGCUGCUGCAGCAGGGUCUUGCAGCACGCGAGAAGGUCUAGGGGCAGCAGGAGUGGAUACCUCUCUCGUUCCCCAUCAGCAACAGCAACAGCAGCAACAGCAGGUGACAGACCGCUCCUGCAAGACGGGAGACGGACACCGCAGCAGCAGCAGCAGCAGCCACAGCAGUACCCAUAACAGCAGCAGCAGCAGCAGUGCGCAACCCUUCUGGAAGUCGCAGCCACUAGCGGACGCGCUAGACACCUCUCUCUGUGAAGUAAUUCGGACAGUAUUUCGUUUCCAUCUGCAGCAGCACAUGGAGGAGAUGUUAUCCUUGGCGUUUCCUAGCAGCCCGGGUGUCUACCAUUUGCUGCCAGCAGACUGUUGCUGGAUGGAAGCGGAGUUGCAGCUCCUUACGCUGCAGUUAUGUCUUGGCAGGGAGCCUUUUGCAUGCAGCAGCAGCUCCGUGCUGCUGCUGCAGCACCUUCUUACCCUUGCUCUCCCUGUCCCUCUUCGUAUCCUUCAUGCUCCUGCUGAUAGCCGAUCUAGAGGUCUCUCUCUUGAGACUGUUCGCUCUAGAGACUUGCAUGACGAAGCAGCACAUCCGCGUAUACCGACUAAUACUCGGGACUCCUCUGCAGAUCCUUUUGCUGUUGCUACUACUGCUGUUGCGGCAACACGGCCUGCAGCAGUAGCUGCAACAGCAGCAACCACAGCAGCAGUAGGAGAGCGGGAAGGGCUGAUCUUCAAACGUUUUGCAAGUUCCUUCUCUUCUCUUGACUGCCUCAGCUCAACCCCUUCCCCUAGGGCAGUAUAUUUGCCCCUAGCAGCAGCAGUGACCCGCGUGGCACUGAGGUGUCUAGACAGCCGGCGGUGGAGCUCAGAUGUGGGGUUGCUGCAUCACGGAUUCCGCCUGAGGGAGAAGGCCAGUUUAGGGGGAUGGGUUGUGCUGCUGUACGUACAGCGCAGACACAGCGCCCCCCCCUUCUCGCCUCCUCUAAAGACUAUAUCCUCCUUCCUCCCGUCACCAGCAGCAGACGGGACAAAAGCAACACGGCAGAUGGUGACUCAAAUGGAUCCUGCGGCACCCCUCACAUUCUUUGCUGCAGGUUCGACGGCAGGGGAGGCAGACGGGCGGGAGGAGUCGAUAGCGGAGUUGCGUCUGCAGCUGCAGGUAGUGGGGGACGAUCUGUGGGGUCGUCCCCUUGGCGGUGUCUCUGGAGGCAGUACCUGCGGAGACACCUCAGCACACUGCCGUCCCCCUUCCUCCUUGUUGCAGCGUGAGGGCUUUGCGCUGGAGGCGUCUGUUCAGCUGUCUGCUUCUCUGUGGGCACACCUAUGGGCAGCAAAGGGCCUCCUGGUGUACGAGGCCCCACAAGGCAGCGGGGAAUCGGCGGGAGGUAUAGUGAUCCCAGAUGUGCGGUCCCCGAUCCCGGGAAAGACCGAGCGGAGCUGCAGUGGAUUGGGGCCCACGAAGGAGGAGGGUGAGGGAGAGGCCUCCAAGGUGCCUUCCACGAGUCCGGGAGGGCCUGGGGGCCCCCUGGGUUCGCUGCGCAGCGACGAAAUAUGCCCUUCUUUCUCUUGGGGUGUCUCCUGGGGUCUUGAAGAGAGAACACGGCAGCUGCUGCGGCGGGAGUAUGAAGGCGCACGGCUGCGGCUGCAGCAGAGCGCAUGGAGAGCAUUUCAGUCUGCCCUUUGGUUUGUGUUGACGGGUCCGGACGAGGUUUAUGAAGACGGUGACAGUGGGCGUUCCGCCGCUGCUGCUGUUGUUGCUGCUGCUGCUGCAGCGCAGCAGCACGGGAGGGUGUCGCGGAAGGCUCUUGAGGGUCUAUCUUUCCUCCCCGUCGCGCCAUCUCUGGGGCUGCAGCGCAGCAUGCAACGAGCAGCAGUGGCAGUGGAGGCAUUGAAGCUGUGUCUGAGUAUAGUGCAGCGGCUUUCUGAGCUGCAGACACAAACACUAAGAGACCUGCGCCGCAGCAGCAGCUUGGGUCUUAGGGGAGGAGCUGAUGUCCUCCCUGUCUGGUCCCGUAGCUCCACUGGUCUUGGGCGUGUAGAGGCGGAGAAGGACAAGGCGACGGAAUGUGUUGAGGCCCUUGUUGCUGCAGAGACAAUCUUAGGGGGGAGGUCAGCAAGUGAGGGCAGCAGCACAUUAGGAGAGAGAACAACGUUAGGGGCAGACGAAGAAGGUACCAGUAGUGCUGCUACUGGGGGAUGGCCAGAAAAGCUUCUCUUUACAGAACGCCUAAUUGAUAGAACCCUUAUUCUGCUGCUAAGAUGUGUUAGGGCCUCCUCCAGUGCUGCAGUGCUGCUGCUGGAGACCCUCUUAAUCCACUUCAGGGCCCUCCCCUUACAGCUGGAGGCUGUCCUUAGGACUCUCCCUGUCAAGACCCGUUUGUAUGAACUGCUGACGGAGUGCGUGCGCCGUCUAGCGCUUCCCUCCGUAGCAACGGAAACAGCAGGUGCAGCUGCUGCAGCAUCAACGUCAACGACGUCUGCAACAACAGCUGCAGCAACAGCUGCAGUAACAGCAGCAGGAACAGGAGUCGGUUGUUCUGCUGGCACGUGGAGUGCAUUAGGAACUCCUGCUCUUGUGUGGGGGGGAAGCGGGGAGGGUCUCUUUUCAAGGGAAAGCUCGUCAGAGACAGAGGCGUGUUGCAAGCUGCUGCCGCCUUUGCAGGCUGUCAGCGUAGGCAGCGUGAUGCACUCUGCAGGGCCUCUGCUGCAGCUGCAUCAGGAGACGGCAGAGGCAACAGGAGACGGUUCCCUUGAAAGGCCUCCUUUGGCUUCCGAAGGCCCCGAACAGGUGUUGCGAAACGAAGGGGAAGUAGGUCCAGGACAGCGGGAGGCCGGCGAUCCUCGACAGCAGGAGGGGGCACAAUCACCUCCUAGCUGGACCCCUGCUGCUGAGGGCGGAGGCGUUGUCUCUAACGCAUCUGUGGAUGGGCUUCCUGGAAGCCGUCCUUCAGCUGCAGUGGAGUUGGAUGGUACGCUAUCUUCGCGGCCCGCUGUUUCCGCAGCAGCAGCUGCUGCUGCUUCCUCAGCAGCAGCGGCAUCCUCUGCUUCCGCAGCAGCCGCAGCUGCUGCUGCACCCGAGGAGGAUGUUGGGGCUGACGGAGAUGGUGGUGAAUUUGCAGCAUUGCCUCAGUCAGAGGUAUUUUUAUGUGGGGUACCAUCGGAUACGUUUCGAGCCGAAGUUCACGGGCGUACUCUGCACGUAUUACGUGCAAGAGAGUUAGGAGGUGUUGCUCUCUGCCGUGCUCCUCUUACCUUCCCUGCCCUACAGGUAGAACCAGGAGAAGCAGCAGAUGUUAUUGGGUUUCGUGUAUGGUCGGCUGGGAGGUUUGGGGUGACAGUCGCUCCUGCAGAUUGCGUAUUAUCUGCAGCACAAGAAAUCUUUGAAAGAAAUGAUGUUGUAGGGUUUCGUACAGACACUUGUCCUCCCUUCUGGGGGGAUGUCUUCGCUACUACUGUCUCCUAUCAGCCAGGAGACUAUUUAAGUGUGAAGUUUUCUGUUGAUGAGCAACCCAACGGUCAGCGCUGUCUCCAUACCGAGUUGCAUGUCUCCGGAGAAAGCAUUGGAUCAGUGCUUGAGGUAUUUUAUGAUCAGCACUCGCAAGUUGAACAACGCCGCAGAAUGAACCUUGUAUUUGUGUUACAAGAUCCCCUCACUCUUGUAUACGGGGGACCCGACUUCACGCUGCAGUAUACAGAUCCAGACACCCACCAGGCCAAUGGGCAGCAGGCGCUUCUGGGAGGAGCGGGAGAGGGAGGAGCGGAGGGGACUGUCUCCGGUGGGCAGCAAGGAGAUCAUACAUCUCAAGGUCUUGCUGCGGCUGCCUCCCCACCCUCUCAGCAGACACUCAACUCCAUACGCAUGCACCCUCUUGUAGUCCAAAGCCUCCGCCUAUACCAAGCUGUCUUACAGGCACCGGAGACACCGCUGCUGCUGCGAGCAGAAAGACGUAAUGCUCUGCAGCAACUCGCAGCCACCAUAGAGCACUGUACGGGGUCUCUUGGCAGCAUCUUCGAAGGCCUCUGUGCUGCAAACAGCCAUCAGUACGAUCUCCUCCACAACCAAGGAGACGACUCGCUCCCGACGCAAAGACGACUAGCACGAGGAGAGAGCCUGCAGCUGCCACUCAACAGGGGACUACAGGAGCGUAUCGCAGCCUUCGGCAGAGAGUCAAGUGGUGAGCUCCAGCUGUCUCUGCAGCAGCAGCAGCAGCCUGGGGAUGAGGUUAAAGGGAGGGAGGGUCUGGUGGUGGAGCUUCCACGGAGACAGACAAGCACAGGAUUGCGCCCGUGUCCGUACCAGCAGCAGCAGCAACAGCGUGCUGCACGAGCGAAGCAGGAGAUGUUGGUGACGUGUAGGCGUGGCGUUGCUGCUCUUGGCGUGCUCUGCUGUGACUGCCUGGGUCGCGGGGAGCUGCAGGAAGUACUGGAGAGGGCAGAGAAACAGCGGCCACCUGGGACAAUUGACCCCGACGGUAUCCAUCCCUCUGCUGCAGGAAGUCCAGCUAGAGGAGGAGGAGGAGGAGGAGGUGUUCCUUCAUCUACAGCCUCGACUGCAGCGGGGCAGCAGGCAUCUGCGCCAGCUCAAGGAGAGAACUGGGAAGCAGCAACUCAGCUUGGGUUGCCGUGGCUGUUGAGCUCUUCCUGUUUACAGCUGUCUGCUGUUGCGGGUUUAAAGCUAGAAGAAUGCGAGGUGUUGGCUGUUGCUGUUGCCGAGCUUCUUACUUCCCCAGUCAUACAAGGGACACUCCAUCAGAUUGCUGCUGUGGGCCAUGUGGUGGCUCCAUCUUCUGAGUGGGCAGAGCUGCAAGCACUGGCUCUUACCCUCGGCAGCAAAGCAAUCGUAGCACUCUGUCUCCUUCUUAGAAGCAUGCUCCAGCAGACACCAGAAGGAGACCCCCGUCUUAGUCCACGCACACAAAAGUGUCUCCUUAAGGUUUUUGUCUUCAUGGAGCAGUUCUGCUUCCUCACUUCCGGCCUAGCCAGUCAUCAGAUUGAUCCAUUUGGUGCUGAAGAAGCAACGGCAGAAUUCUCUCCUGCGUGCACGCCCACUGGGGCUUUGCAAUCAACGACCAUCCAGCAACCCUUCCAGCAACGCAGCGCCCGCUCAGCCAGCGUACCCGACUUGCGCCUACCCGUGACGGCGCCAGCCAGUGGUGCUACCCCAGCAGCUGCUGCAGAAACAGCUGCAGCAACAGCUGGGGUCCCUGUCCACGCAGCGGCUGGAUGUGGUUCCCGCGCUGCUGCUGCCCCUCAAGACAGGUUCGGGGGGGCGUCUGACCAGACCUGGCCAGCAUCAGGGCGAGGCCUUGUUGCUGGUACAGAGGGAGAAGGGGCGGCAGCGGAGGGAGCGGCGCCGCUGAGGCUAGAGGAGAUUGCACGUCUUUGCGGAGUGCCAGAGGUAGUGCUGCAUGCCGAGGGGCUAGAGCCGCUGACGGUCUCAGGAGAGGCGGUGUUGGCUGCAGGGGAGACAGCAAAAGUGUGGGGUUGGGUAUACAAGGUGAAUGAAGCAUGGAAUGACGCGGUUGCAGAGACAGUCGCACAUGCGGUGGAGACUGCGCCGCCUGUAGAUGCGCUGGGAAUAGGAGGGGACAAAGGAGACACUAACAUGUGUGGACAGCAGCACCAGGGAAGACGGCACCUCCACCGCGUACAGCAGCUCCUAGGCAACGGGUGGGACAAUGCUGCUGCCGCGAGCUUGCUGCUGCCAAGGCCGCGACAAGAAAAGGGUUUUAUUCACUUCCGUGGGCCUGUAGAUGUGCGCGUCUUCAACUAUGAAGGCGCUUGCUCUCUAUGGUCCAGCCGCAUGCUCCACCGCUUGCUGGAGCCCCCCCUUCGCUGGGCUUUGCGGCGCGACGCACUCCACCUCGUAUGCACGAUUGUUGCUCUCUGUCCUGACAUGCUCCUCGACCGCCUUUACAGAGGCAUAAAAGAGCCGCUGAGUUGCCGCGGUGUUGGCGAGCUGAAGAAGAGCAUGCCUCGUCCAGGGGCUGUCAACCUGCUGCGUCUGUUGCGUAUCUGUGCUUACUUCAUUAGUCGGGAGAGCGACGAUGGAGUUCCAGACUAUCAACAGCCGUUUAGGGUGCACCUUCACGGGGGUACCUGUUCAGCGCAGCUGCUGCAGGAUCUUGAGCGACACAGCGUGGAGGCGUGCCCCUUGUUCGGGUGGCAGCGGCUUCUAUACCGGGCUGUCACUCAGUGGAGCCAGGAGGAGGAGGAGGCGUGCGUGGAGCGUCUUCAGCGGCUGCUGCAAACCGAACUGCUAUACCAUCUGAUGGGUUCUGUUGGCCAAGUUGUGGGAAAUGCAGGGGGGCGCCGCAAAAAGACCCCAAAGUACUGCGCCCUCGCACCUUCUGUGUAUGUCGCACAUUGGUUUAUGGAUGGGUUCGUGAGGCACCCGCUAUGUCCGGGAAGCUUGAGGGAAGCCCUUGUUAACCCCCUCACAUACUCUGCUCUAUUUGGCCUCCUCGUCAACGGCAUCAACUUACCCCUUAAACUCGGACUUGAUGCAGCACGCAUGACACACUGGCUACUCUCACGAUAUGCACUCCCAACAAUCCAAACAUGGCCAGCACAUGCUCCCGCUCCUACCGUAUCUGCAUCUUCUUCAUUUGUUGCUUCUGCUGGUGGUUCUUCGGGAAUGGCUGCAUGGUGCGCGUCUGCAGCGGGGCAGCAGCAGCAGAGCCCGAAGGCUGUUUCUGCGGACGCGUUUCCCGUUGUGAGGGCGACGGUUGGCGGCUGUCUGCUUGCGGGUCCUGGUCGUUGUUUUCUGGGUUUCCUUCAGGGUUAUUUGGAGUGUCUGUGCUUUAUUAGCGCCUCUGUGUUCGACAACAUGGAGAAGGUAAACAACUGGAGACCCGCCAGGCUGGAUUGCUUCUGUGCAGCAGACCUCAACAGAAUUCAUGUCCGUUACCGCAUUAACUGCAGCCUUCUAACCCACUAUCUCGCCAAUGCCUGUGUUUCCAUCCUUAAGGCGGACCGCUGGGGCGCUGUCUCCUGGGUGCAGCACAAUACUGUCCCUCUUCUUGCAGACCUCACUGCCUACCUCAUGGCUGCAGAGGGAGUUGCCAAUGCGUCUUGCAGCAUCACACCUAGCCAAGGCCUCCCUCCACCUGGAGCCCUCAACACCAUUUCCAGGGCUAGCAGCAGAGGGAGCAGAGGCAGCAGGAGUAGGAGCAGCAGCAGCAGAAGCAGCAGGAGCAGCAGCAGCUGCAGCAGCAGCAGAAGUGUGGAGGCGAGCUGUGCACACGCCGCUGCUCCUCGGCGCCGCGGCAGCGAUGAUGCAGGUGUGAUGGAAACUGAGUUGUCGAGGGUCCCAAGAGCCCAGGGAGCCUCUCUAGCCGACGAUACCACAUCGCCAGCAGUCUCCUUUCCUUUGCCAUUCGUUCGUGCAGUGCAGACUCUGCCGGUUUCUGUCUCUAUUGCAGAGCCAGUCGGCAGCACGAGCGCGGUGGGAAGGUUUGAGGCCUUCCCAGGGUCGUGUUUGCUGCUGAAUCUGGAGCCUGUGUUCGGAGCGCAGAGGCGGGGACAGCCGCUGCUGCACGGCAGUUUGCAGGUGCCGGCGGAUAUGGAGAGGGGGACAGCCAUAGCCGACGACAUAAGGCCAGCCGGGGCCAGCGAGCUGCGGCAAAGCCCCCGUCUCCUCGUCGCCCUCGACCGAAGUCUUGAACACUUGGUUGGGGAAAGCAGCAACUGCAGCCAAACGGCAGGCUGGAUGCUUGUCGGGCCUUCCGCCACCUCUACUAACAGUUUUCCUACCACCAGUAGCAGCAACAACAGCAGCGAAGGGGACUUCGGGAAGGACGAAUUGCAGCUUUCGGUGGUUCGGGAGCCUUGCGAGGGUUCGAAUGGUUGUGAGGCUGAAAGCGGCGAGGGAUUAGCAGAGCGUCUAGAGGUUUCGAAUCUGCACGGGUCUUCAAGAGGCGGACGAGCGGUAUAUGCAUGCAGCAGCCUGGCACUGCAAUGCGGAGCUUCUUCUGCUUGCUGCAGUGUUAGUUUUGCGGUACAUUCAGCAGCAGGCGGGCGCACCGGGAAUGCGAGUUGGGUCGAGGAGGGAUUCCCGCUGACCCGCGUUUUCUUUGGAGCCGUAGAUAGCAGACAGUGGGGGACCUUACUAGCUGGCAACUGGGACGGGACCUCCGACGCCGCGCUGCUGCAGCUAACAUCGCGCGAGCUGCAGUGCGGCUUCGACCCGCAGCUACCGGGGAGGCAUUGGGGGCUCCAGCUAGGGGGUCCUCUCCGAACUGACCAGAGGACUGGUCUCGCUUCCUUACUGGCAACACAGCGGGGGGAGAAGAGGCCCCCUCAGCCGCUUCAUUCCAUCGCUGGCUCGCCGGGCCUCAAGCUCGUGCUCCGAGCGGUGGGGCGCCACCUCCUGUGGUUCGAAAACCAGCAGCUACUUGCGGCCCAGAUGCUACCGCCGGGUUGCACAGCGGUGGUGCCUGUCUUGCUGGUGGGGGAGCGGCCUGGAGCCGUCCCCCCCCCUCCGGCUGUCUCCGCUGUCUGGAGGCGUCUCCUCUUCGUCGCGACGCUGGGGAUUUCAGAAACAAAAUGCCCCGUUGUUGUCCCUUUCAACGAGGUCUUCUAUUCCCUCGAGCCUGCCCCCGCAGAUAGCCCGGCACAACUUCUAGGGGCCCCUGGAGGAGCGGCCAGCGGCAGGAGAGAGGACACCGCAGCGGCCGCUGCUGCCUCCGCAGCGGCCGCUGCUGCCUCCGCAGCGGCCGCUGCUGCCUCCGCAGCAGCAGCGGCUGCUGCAGCUUUGGGGGACCCUAGGGCCUUUGGCCAGCGGGAGGAAGAGGAUGUUGCAGGGAAUCGCCACAGUACGGCUGCUGCAUGCGCAGCAGGUACUGCGGGCGGGAGCCCCGUCGCGGGUCACCUCUGGCGCGUGUUCCCGUUAUCUCCGAAGAUCCGGGGAGGCGUCAGCUUGCGGUUGCCAGUAGGGGCCCCGUCUACUUACUCCUCAGCAGUUUGGAGGUGGGUGCAGAGGCCGGAGACGAGUCGCGAACCCGUCAUGGAGGAGGCCCCAAUCGACAGCCCUCCGGAAGAAUUGGAGGCGGCAAGGGCUGCAGCAGCAGCCGCUGCUGCUGCUGCCGCCGCCGCAGCCGGAAGCGCCGACCCCUGGACCGAUUCCCGCCAACCCAGCCUGAGCACACCAUUGGGGGAAUUGGUGCAGCACGGCGCGGUGGAAGCUCCUCUGGUGCACGUGGGGGCCUCCUCUGCACCCACGCGUUCGCUCUUGUCUGCUGGGUCCCCGGUUGCUCCGGGGGGCCCUAGGGCCCCACCAUGCAUGGUAAAUGUACGCCAGCAGCAAGGGGCUGUGACUGGGCAGAUUGGCGACCCUCAGGAUGGGGGCCGAGGGUGCGGCGUUCCUCUCCUGGAUGUGGGGUCUAUACACCCGGCGUUGCCUUUCCGAGUGCAGUUCAGAGGCAGUCCUGGGGUGAGUGAAGCUUCAGCGGGGACGCAGAUGGUGGGAAUUGUGUGGGGUUUGUGUCGUUGGCUUUGGUUCUCAAACGGUCGGCUUCUGUGCCCCCUGGAUUUGCCUCUUGGGGAGCUUAUGGGACUGCAUGCAAUGGGGGCCCAGCUGAACUUGCGCGGGGGGCCUAAGGCAUCAACAGACGGUUGGAGGGAGGCACAUGUAACUGUUGGAGUCCCGGGUUUCUCCCCCAGAGACCUUGUGGAAGUGGAGUUUCAACCCUCCAUACCCGCCUUGCUUUUCAAGAAGAACGAUGUCUACCAGUUUGGUUUCAGCUUUGAGAAGUUCUAUCAGUGGGGGCCCGCCGUUGCUGCUCGCCAGAUGCAGCAGCAGCAACUGCACAUGCAGCAGCAACAACAAACACAGCAACAGCAACACCAGCAGCAGCUGCAACAGCAGCAGCUGUUGGUGUCAAAUCAGCUACAGCACGACCAUCUGAACCACCAACAGGCGCUUCAGGGUCCUGCGUCUCCUGUUGUGGUAAAAGAACGCGAUACGAUAUUCUUUCCUCCCCAGCGGUUCAGGAGCACCGAGUUAGUUUCUGCAUGCAGCUCUGGAGGCCCCAGAAGCGUUGGGGCUCCCGGGCCCCCCUCGCCAGCUCGGCACCUGGAGGUACACCAGGGAACAGUGUAUGCGUUGUUCCAAGCUAUCCGAGACCGAAACGUGCGGUGGAUUGCAGCUUUCUUUGGGCAGUUCCCCAACUGGCUGGAGGCUCAAGACGCAGCGACAGCCCCUGCCAGCUGCACCUUCGGGUCGCUGGAGCAGCAGUUGGCGACCUGGUGCGGCGGGAACAGCAGCGGCAACAGCAACAACAGCAGAAGCAGCAGCGCACAACGGCAAGGGGAGCAGCUGCAGCAGCACAUCGCAGCUCUGUAUGGUGAACACGCGCACGACACACCCCUGAAGCUGGCAGUACAGCAAGGCUACAUUGAUGUCGUUCAAGUGCUGAUAGAGGAGGGGGGCUGCAACCCCGAGGGAUUUGGGAGCAGCAGUGACCGCAGCACGCCUUUGAUGUUGGCUGCUGAAUUAGGACAGGAUCUGCUCGUGGCGACUUUGGUGUGUAGAUACGGAGCUUGGGUGGACCGCAGAGACGCUGAAGGCAACUCAGCGCUUCACAGGGCGGCUCUUCGAGCUGCCGAUCCCUCUGUUAACAACGGGAGGCCCACGGCUGCAGCACCGGUGUACAGACGGGGUUGCUAUAACACUAUUAAGCUCCUCUUGUCUCUUGGAGCAGACCCCACACUUAAGAACGAUGCGGGCCUCACCCCAUUAGACCUCAUCGGCUCCAGAGGAGGGGGGCCUGGAGGGGCUCCACAGGAACGUGUCGACGCGGUGGCAGCCCUACUGAGGUACGCGACAGUAACGGGACAGUUGCACCAGGCGGGACUCGUUGCUGCUGCAGUCUACAGCAGCAACAGCACCUGGAAGGCGGCACCGGAGGCUGUCAAGGCCACUGGCGUGAGCGCAUGCACCCCCUGGAUGUGGGGCUCUCUCCUUGCGAACUGUACGGUGGUGGUGGGGGGAGCAGGGGAGGCGGUGCUGGGGCUUCAUGCACUGUAUAUUGACGGAGAGCGCCGUGACGCGCAUGGCGUUGAAGGCGGCAAGCCGAUGCUGCCGUCUCCUGGAGGGGGGAGCCCCGAGGUGACAGCUGCUCUGCUGCAUGGGGCCACGCCUUGUGGGUGCCAGCCGCAGGGACAAAGUGGAGUCUGGAGGUUGUCAGCGUUGAAGGGGCCCAUGCUGCCUCAGUCUAGCAGCGCGGGAGACAAAAUACUGGAGUACGUGGAUGGGGGAAUAGUGGGAAGGGCUGGCAGGCCGUCGACAACGAGCCUCAUUAGCAGCAACUCCGCUGCAGUGACUCCCCAGCAGCGCAUGUCAGGCGGCGCCUCGGGUACUCUAGGAGGGAGCCACCAGCCAAGCACCGGCAGUAACAGCAACAGCAGGAGCAGCUCGACUGGGUUUGUGCUCCCGUCCCUGCUGAGGCCUCCUGAAGGGCGUGUACCGGUGGCAUCCGCUGACCCCCGGACUUUGCUGCAGCAGCUGCUGGUGUGGGGCCUGGAGUUGAGUGGAGGAGUGUCUUCCUCCCCACACUCAGAAGGGCCUUCUCCACCGUUGCGCGCCCCUCUUGCGUCCAUAUCCCCUUCCCUCCUUUGCAGCCUGGCCGUCGCAGAGGGUUUCGAGGACGUGCAAAUGGUGUUAGCCGUCAUCACGAGGCGGUUGAUACUGCUGGAGGAGCAAUCAGCAGCUGAGCGGAUGCAACAACCGCCUCCCCAGCCCCAGGCAGCUUCGCCGCCGCAGCAGGGACCUCGCCCCAUCCCUGCGGGGCCGCGCAGGUCCGACGGUUUAAGACAAAGGGGCGCGCGGGAGGAGGCGUUCCCGACAGCAUCUGCUGCAGUUACCUGUCACAGCAGCGGCCUGCAGCGGCUUGCAGCAUCAGCAGAUGCUGCGGAGAGCCCAGAAGACCUUUGCAGGUUGCUUCUGUCGCUGGAUUCGUUGGCUUGCAGCAUCGAAGGAGGCACGCGAAGGGGCUGGGCUGAGAGCAUGCAGCGACGCCUAUGGCGACAGCGGGUAGCGCAAGAUUUGGGCUAUCAAGUGGCCGUGGGAGGGCCCGGGGGCCUCGUGUGGACUCCGGACGUGCAACUACUUGAGGAGGCCUCUGCGGGGAUAUGGAGCCAAGAGACUCGCCCGCUGCAGGCGGAGGGGACGCCGGCCUCGUGUGGGAAUUGGGGUGUGUUGGUAGUGCAGGCUUUGGUGGAACGCGACGCCUUCAUCUUGCAGACGGUGUCGAGUCGUUGGCCGGUGAAACUGGACAUCUGGCUGCGGCAGCUGCUCGACCUUCUCGAUGGGCCAGAGGAGGGACGCGCAGUACCCCAACCCGAUAAACACUUGCGAAUUGCGACCCUCAUAUGGCAGGCAGAUCGAGACCGAGACGCCCUACUUCUUUCCCUAAACAAUAACAGCAACGCCCCCUCCCCUCUCGGCGGAAAAACCAACGCUCUGGAGGAGCUGGAGAGAGCAGCGGCGCUCAAAGAAGAGGUCGUGACGCUUAUUAGAGAGGCUUUACAAGAGGUGGCCUCAGAUACUCCGCUGGAGGCACUGCUGCAGCAGGUCGUUGGAUUGCGGUUGCGUCUCCUGGAGCACUUGUGUGCAUGCGGCAGCAGAGCUGUCCCGUCGGUCGCUCCUGUUUUCAACAUUCCCAAGUUGCCGCUUAACUACUACGGCUUGCUGACGGCUCAGCCAGGGGCUGAGUUCUUCCGCGGUCUUGUGCGGGAAGUGGACUCACAGAUGAGAACCCCCUCGCGCGUGCCGUUGAGCAGCAGCAGCAAGAUGGUUCUACAGGUGGGCCCUUCCGACUUGCCGAUUGAAAUGAGCGUGUAUUUGUUUUUACGCCCGUUGCUGACCAACGUAAUGGUGAGUUCGCUAUGGAGGAGCAUUGUUGAGAAGCUGGGGUUCUCGAGCCGAGAGCAGCCCUCGCUCAGGCUUGACCGGGGUCAGGCAGCAACAGCCAAACGCCUGCAGCACACAUUGUGGUGUCAGGCCACGAUGCAGCUCCUCGCAGCUGCAGCAAACCCCUGCCGCCUGCGAGCCAGAGUAGGCGACAGGCCUUUUCUGGUGGUGUUUAGGGGGGAAGGCGCCACAGACUUCGGCGGUCCGUUCCAAGAGUUCCUCUCCGGGGUUGCAAAUGAAGUCAUGGGGGCUGUAGCGGAAACACCAGACGCGUUUCUAUCCUCCUCCUUCAUGCCAUGUCUUCCGUGUCUGAACGCUACGCAUGCAAUUGGACCCCACCAGGACUCCGUCGUGCUCCGCCCCGACGCUCGCUCGGCUUUGCCGGAUCCCCUGGUCUCCGCAGCCGACUUGAGGCCGCCUCCUCCUCCAGAGGAACAAAAUAGCGGCAACAGCAUUGCUGACAGCAGCCGAAGAAGCAACCACGGCUGCCAGGAGCCAUACCAAGCAACUUCUGAGCACCGUGCGGAUGUAGCGUCCCGUCUGCAUGCGGUUAUCCCUCCAGGGGAGGGCUACCCAGUUCCGAGAGAGCUGGGCAUCCACCAAAGACGCCUCCGCCGCAACUUGCCAGCAGAAACUCUCUGGACGUCUGACACUAUUUUGAGCGCUCUUCCCUCGCCCGCCCGUCGCGUUCUGCCUCGCGGGCACGACCCGGACGGCUUGGGGUUGCCGUACAGAGAUCCGCUAGAAGACCCUUUUUUGGCAGCAACGACGCGCAGGGAGGAGCUGCAGGGAUCGCCAACCGCCGGGGCAAACCGCACGGCGAGUUCGCCGCCGGCAGAAGGGGAGGCUGUGGCGAAUGAAGAUCUUUACAUCCUCAUGUAUGAGGCCUUGGGUCGCCUUAUGGCAAUGUGCUUCUGCAUCGGAAGUGCUUUUAACGUUACCUUCAACCCCCUCUUGUGGAAGAAACUUGUUGCAGCCCCAUUGAGUAUUGAGGACGUAGCGGACUCCGAUUGCGUAGCAGUGGAGAUGCUUCGCUCUCUCCGGCGCCUUGCUGCAGUGCCGCCGCAGUUCUGGGACGCGACGAUGGAAGCCUCCUUGUCGGAUAUGACAUUCAGCGCCGAGGACACUCUAGGCAGAUCUUGCGAGUUAGUGGAGGGGGGCGCAGACGUUCCCGUCAAUGCCUUCAAUUUGGCGACUUUUAUUCGCCUCUCUGAACGAUUUCGUCUUCUUGAGGGCCAAGAAGGCAUCGAGGCUGUGCUGCGAGGCAUCGCCGCCGUCUUGCCUUUAGGCCGCCUGCGGCUUCUGUUCGACUGGCGGCGGUUGGAGUAUCGCGUCUGCGGAGACCGAGAAGUAGAUGUAGCCACGCUGAAAGAGCACACGGAGUGCUCGUCAGAAAGGCUUAAAGUGCAGCUUUUUGAAAUUCUGGAGUCCUUCACCAAUGAGCAGCCAGUUUAUCAAGUGGCAAACUGUGUCAUUUGCUCACUUCAUGCAACCUGGAAUUCAUUUGCCUGCAGAUUCGUCUGCGGUCGCUCGCGUCUACCGGUCGCCAGUAGUGACUGGCGGAUGACCGUGGACUACGAAACUAUUGAUCGUGGCGCCACUGUUAACGACAAUCGGCUUCCAACAGCGGCCACUUGCAGCUUCCGGCUGGUCAUGCCGCUCUACUCCUCCGUCGCCAUAAUGAGGGAGCGGUUGCUCUACGCGAUUAACAACUGCACAGCAAUUGACCUCGACGCCGUCGUCGUACACGAACAGAUGCAGUUGAUGUAUGAUGAUUGA